AUGGCGAAUCGACGAGCGAGGCCGAGCCUCCUCCUCCCCGCCUGGCGGGCCGUUGGCUUCGCGGUGGGGACGGGAGCGACGGCCCUGCUGCCGGCGGACGCGUCGGCUAAGGUCGGGGCCGCCAUCAGCCGAGCGGUGUUGGAGCACUACGACGAGAAUAUCCGCGCCAUGUACGACGCCAGGAUAGUCGCCGAGGAGCACGAGGCGAGAACAUAACGGGUGGUUGUGCUGCGCCGUUGCGGGGAAGGUGGUGGGAGAGAGAUGAAGGUCAGGGGGGGGAGUGGGGCGUACUCUUAUGUUUUGCGUGCCUUAGCGGUUACCAGUUAGACCACUGACCAUGUGUCCUCGAGAGGACGGAGCAUUGUUCCCACAGGACCGAUCACCGAUGGCCAAUCGUUCCUUCCUACUUUGCCAAAGGUGGCUCAAAAAUGUCUUGUAUCUAUCCCAACGACAUCAUUUCUACUGAUAUCACUUCCCGCCUUUUCAACCCACUUCCUAUGCCCCAGUACAGCUAACGUCUUCUCCUGGGUCAGGGGGGUACUCAUACCGUGCAUGCCGUGGUCGUUAGACCAUUUUCCUCAGGGGGGGAUCGGGAUCGUUCAUGGGUGUGGGAUGUUCUUCUAACGGUAAAUAGUGUGGGAUUGAUCUAGAACUACCACUGCUGUAGCAGCGUUGUUGCUGGGUCUCGUCGAUUGUUUUGGUAGUAAUGGCCGGACAAAGCUCUUCUUACUUUUUUCGGGGGGCGAUUCGCAAGACUACUGCUGUG